CCUGGGAGGCUCGCGGAAACGCCUCCAGCGCAGCGAUUUGCUGACUCUGAAUACAUUAGAGCGCUGCCUUACAGGUGUGAGACACUGUAAUGACUGCUGUGCAAUUCUCUAAGAUUCCUGGACAUACAUUUGAUAGAAAUAAGGAGGCGUAUUCCGCUAAGCGACCCGUGCAAUGUCGAUAUCUGUGUAGAUACCAGCUGUUGCACCAAGCGCUGGAAGUAUUCACAAAAUGAAACGCGUUCAAAUAGACGACUUUAUAGCUGGGUGGAUAGGGGGUGCUACCAGUGUUAUUGUCGGGCAUCCUUUUGAUACUGUAAAGACUCGUUUGCAAGCUGGACAGGGGUACAAAAACACUCUUCAGUGUAUUCUCACAGUCUACAGAAAGGAAAAUGUGACAGGAUUUUUCAAAGGCCUUUCUUUCCCUUUAGCAAGCAUUACCCUCUACAAUUCUGUAGUGUUUGGUGUCUUCAGCAAUACACAGCGACUGUUAAAUCAGUUGCGCUAUGGGACUGAAAGACAUGAAUCUGAUCUGCUAACUCUGGUGCUAUCCAGCAUGACUGCAGGCCUCCUCUCUGUUGGAAUUGGUGCCCCUGUGGAUUUGGUAAAGAUACGACUGCAGAUGCAAACACAGUCCAUCGUAACCGAAAAUUUCAACCUGGCAGGCAAUGUUUCCUUACGUACAGUCAGUCUCCAUGAACCUUCAUACUACAGAGGGCCUAUUCACUGUAUCAGCACUAUUGUUCAGAAUGAGGGGAUCAGUGGUCUUUACCGUGGAGCUGGGGCCAUGGUUCUCAGGGAUAUCCCAGGAUAUACAGCUUAUUUUGUUCCUUACACAUUCAUUUGUGGGUGGCUUACUCCAGGAGGAGAUGUAGCACCUAACUGUAUUACAAUUUGGCUUGCUGGGGGUUUAGCUGGGUCAAUUUCCUGGGUGACAGCUACUCCAGCAGAUGUUAUAAAAAGCCGCUUGCAAGCAGACAAAAGUCGACAAAGGAAAUACAAAGGAAUUACACAUUGCAUCAUGGAAAGUUACAGAGCAGAAGGCCUGCAGGUUUUCUUUCGUGGAGCAGCUGUAAACACCAUCCGGGGCUUUCCCAUGAGUGCCACAAUGUUUCUAAGCUAUGAACUUUCCUUGAAGUUGUUUCGUGGAUUAUGAAAAGGCAAAAUUGAGUUUUGGACAUUUCCUGUGCCUGAUCUCAAAAAGGUUGGAUUGAUAUUUCUUGCAUGCAAGAAGCAUCAGAUAUUUCACUUAACAACAGAACAUGUUUGUGCCAUACAAUUGUAUUUAAAAAAGUAAUAUGAACUAUAUUACUCACAAAUGUGUUUUUAUUGUGUCUUCAUGAUGCUGGUAGUGUGAAGUGAGAAAAUUAAAAGAAUAUAUUGUAUAUACAGUACCAUAAAGAACCAUAGAAGCCAACCAAUAUUGUGCAUUGUAUGAAUCAAAUAACUGAAAGUAUUUUGGAAAGUAUAACAUGUAUUGUAAUAAAGAAACUUUGUCCAGUCUACAGUAGUCCACAACCGGUAUUUCAAGGCCUUAUUUUGUUCUGCUAGGAACGGUCUUCCUACUGUCACUGGCUCUGUCAGACCUACAGCACAAACUCUCCUCCUCACAAUAGAAACUGAGACUUGCUUUUUUCGACCACUGUUAAGCUGUUUUUCUGUGAAGUGCCUGUCAUGGAAGCUGGUGACCCUCAGAAACUUGUCUUCUGAUUGUGUUGUGACUUUUGGGUUUGCAAGAUCCCUUCUUAACAGAGUUUUUUACAGUCCAAUCCAAUUACCUUUAGAUUGUGUAGGAAACCAUACUCUCUGACACUUUGAUUUUUUUUUUUUUUGCAUUUUCUGCAAAUGAAAGGCCAAUACUUCUAAGGGUAAUAAUCUGAUUUCAUUUGUUAAUUGCUGUUUAUCACUGGAAUAUUUGUCCAAGAAGUACUUCAGUGGGUGUAGUAACACAGUCUGUUCCAACUCUGCUUUAAAACAGAGAGAUGGCUUUUAAGUAAUCAACAGAAGCUGGGACACCUAUGCAAAUUGUAUCUUUCAACUUGCAAGGCUUAAUUUACUUUAAUUGCUACAAGAGCAUCCGAAGGGUGUAACCUACUAGUUGUUCCCUGAAGAAGGCCUAUUUAUAAUAUUCUUAUAUUUUCUUUUUUUGGUUUUUGCUAACCUAAACUUUAAAUGUAAACAUCUGGCAGUUUGAUGCUUACCUUUUCACCAUUUUAGGUCAUUCAUUUAAUUUCAUUUCAACUGAUUAAAUUUGAAGAAAAACUAGAAAAACUGAGGUGUUCUAAAAUGUUUGACCAGCAGUAGUAUAUACAUGGAGAGUUUCAUUACAAGCCAUGAUUAACAGAAUAUUUGAUUUUUUAGGACCACUGCUGCAAGAAAAAUCAUUCACCAUGAGCUUCAUGGCUUACUAAAAUUAUAUUUUUGAAAACUGUGACAACGAAAGGUCUAACAACUAAAAAGUACACUUUCAUUUCAGAAUGUGAUAAACACCACUUUCCUUUUAGUACAAACUGCUAUAAACUAUAACUAUAAAUACUGUACAAUCAGAUAAUAAAAGACUUUGUGACUUUUCCCUGUUAAUGGUAUUAGGUGAGUACUUUUAGUGUGUUAUUUAGUUAUUUAUUAUAAUAUUUUGUGGAUUUGUUUUUGGAAAUUAAAUGUUUCAAUACAGACUUCACACACCUGUAAAACAUCAAAAUUUUCAUAGCAUUUGGAUACAACAAAAAUGGUAAUUAAUUUGGCAAAAAUGGAUAUAUUGUAUUUUGCGAUGAAACCAUUUAUAUAAAUAAUUUACAUGUGUAGGAAAAGUAAUUGAACUUGGGUAGUCAUAAAGCUUAUAAAGUAUAACUAAUGUCAUGGAACAUUUUAAUUAAGAUUUAUAUUUAUAAACAGACUUUUAUUUCUUUUUUGUGGUUUUCAGGGUGAAAGCAAGUAGACCCACCACCUAGAGCAACAUGUGCUGUUUUGGCAGCAAAAUAAUGGGUACAACAAAUGUGAUGUGGCUGUUUAUUGAAAAUAAGCAUGAGUUCUGGGUAAAAAAAAAAAAAAAAAAAAAAAAUAUAUAUAUAUAUAUAUAUAUAUAUAUAUAUAUACGGUAAUUGUUAAAUAAUCAUAUUCAGUUUGCUGAUAACAUGAACAACCUUAAAGCCAGCACUUUAGUGAUUUAUUUGGCUGAGCACAUAACCUGUCAAAACUGCCAGCCAUACAUGAUAAGCACAUUCACUUUGAAAAUGCCUUACAUUUUCUCACCAAAGAUUCAGUCACAUACUGUAAGUUCAAAACAUAACCCAUAUUUCCAAAAUAAUAAUCAAAAAAGACUUAAAGGAAAUUGUCAAUAAUGGAUAUAACCAAACUGUCCACAAUGCAAUAAACCAAAUCAGGGUUCUCAUACAAUACAUGGCGUUAGUGUUUAUGACAGCUGUCACAUUUAUAACUGCACAAAAAUGCAUAGACAAAUAUGUGAUACCGUGCACACCAUCACUUUAUUUUAGUAGGAGUGGGAAGGUCUUUAAUUAAUGUUUUAUAAGAUGUAAACUAGUCAAUAUUCUUUACUUUAAACAAUCUGUGCAAUUUACAAAGCUGUAGUAGCAGUAGUAUUAGUGGUACUGUGUGUACAGUGUAAAGUUAAAUUCAUACUUGCCUAUCUAACCAACAUAUAACACAUCACUACUUUCCAGUGGCAAGAUAAAUAAGAAUGUUUUGAAACAGAUGGAAAUAGCUGUAUGUGGAUAUUAAUCAGCUGAAAACAUAAAUGCAUAAGUGGUAUAAAGGUACUGUAUAAUGCUUUUCUCUUAAUGUGAACUGAUAUUCACUGAUAGUAAUUAAUAAGGUAAUUUCUAUAAUUUACACACUCAGAAGUGCUCAAUUUCAAAAUUGUUUUGAGUUAGUUUUGGAAAUUUUCAUAAUUUAGGAUUAUGUUAAUAUAUUCUAUGGAUUACUGAUUCUGGUUCUGUUUAUAUUUUUCAUGAUCAGUAUUAUUACCUCAGAUUAGGCCAUUUUUGAAAUGUACUUUUCAAUCCUGUUUAAAGUUGCUAGCAGAUAUAAACAGAGUAUGUCACAUAUAUCUUGUAUUAAGUGUACUGGUAUAAGGGUGUAAACAUGAAUAUGUUUGUCUUUUACCAAUUGACUUCAAGAAUGUGUGCCACACAAUGCAGCUGGCAUCUCCUUACUUUUAUUUCUUUUGCAUUAUUUGUAUGCAUGUUUUCACCUAAAUAAUCACUGAAGAUGCAAUAUUAACAGUUCUUCCUUCACAAAGUAUGAAUCAGAAAUGAAAAGUGGUUGAAUAUAUUUAGUGAAACAAAAGUUCUUUAUGGUUGAGAAAGCAGAAAGAAACAUUGGCUCAGAUAAUGUUGCAUUCAGAGUUUCCAAGAGUAGCAUUUGCCUCCUGUUUUAGGUGCUGAAUUGUUCUUUUGUGUUGUUGCAACCCACACAGUAUACCAGCCAGCUGUUAAAAUAAAUUGUUUAUUUCAGUAAUAUGCAUAGUUUAGCAUGCAAUGAAUUCCAUUAAGAAAAAGAAACGUUUUGCAGAUUUACUGUCUGUUGAGUGCAAAUGAACUCCUUCUUGCAUUGCUCUGACUUAAUAUGUUUCUGUAUUUUAUAUGUCUUCAAGGGUGAAGAAAAACUAUUUAAAAUAGUUAAAAAUAUCUGAAAUAGAAAAUGUAUAUUCCUCUAUGCAACAAUUCAUGUCUGUAAAGAGCUUUAAAGAAACAUUGUUCAUUUUUUACAUCUCAACCUUUCCAAUUUCCUAAACUACCCAUUCAAUUUAUCUCACUAAGUGCCUUUUAAUGGAAGAAAAAAAUUGCAAGGCAGAACUUCACUAUGAAUUUGGCGCAAAUCUAUGUCAGUAGUAUAAACACACAGCAUGUUUUAUGACUGUGGAAGGUAACUCGUAAAACGAAGGAUAAAAUGCACUCUCCGCAAGGGCAGCAACCAAGCUACAGUUAAAUUCAAGUCAGACAGUGUGCUUCCCACAUGAAAUAUAAGACACCAUUUAAUUGUGAAGGAACAGCAAAACUGUACCUAUGUCUCUGCUGCAGGACAUAUUACUUUAAGAUUUAUCAACAUUAAAUAAAAAUCAUAUUAUGCAACUACAUUUUGAAUGCAAUUAGACACUUCAGGACACCCAUCCACGUAAUUUCUGACCCAUUUAUUUUCGUUAGAGAGUUGUUGGCAGCAGCUAGCGCAAGGCAGCUGCCAACUGUUCUUGGAAGAAUAGUCCAUCGGAGGGCAUUCGUAACUGUCACACAUACAAAACAAAUGUAGUGCCACCAGUUAACUCAUCAUGCACGAAUCUGGAGUGCGGGAGGAAACCUCAGUACUCCUAUAAAAGCCAUUUGAAGCAGGAUGAAAUUCAAUAUAAGUAGCUAGUGACUGGGCUUAGAAGGCAAUAGUGCUGACUGCUGUGCCAAUAUCCUGCCUAGAGCUCCUACAACAGAUACCUGAAUAAUGUAACUGAUUAUUUUUUUUAAUUUUAUAAACUUCUUUAAUGUGUUCUUUAGUAUUAUACUUUAUAGUGCAUCUGCUUAUUUAUCAUCCAACACCUAGCACUUCACUCAUCUGGAUAGAGUUUGCACUUUUUGUAAAUGUGGUAAGUUCUGUACUUAGGUUGAGGAGGUAUAUAUUAUAUAUUCUCUGCCCAGAUUUUAAUUAACACCACACAGCUAGAGUUAAGCAUUUCUUUUUUCUCUCUGAUAAUGCUCUGAACCUCAGUUUUGUGCUAUUUCCGCUUUAACUUUUGAGCUCAAAGGUUGUGUCCUCAUUGAAGUCCAUUUGAAUGUAGGCCUACUUCAAGGCUGGAUCUUCCCUAAUAUUUUUCAAUAUUCAUGUCCUGGAUAUCUAUACAAAUAAUGUCUGAUGAUCUUAAGGUUGCACUUCUGAUAUUUACUAAUGAUUGUAUCCUGAAAGCCCUAUCCGAUUAUGAUCUUCUGCACCCAUAGAACAUAUAGGGAUACACGUCAGGCUCUUCCAAAUCUAUGUUUCAAAUAAAAAUAGAUUAUUAUCUCUCUGGGAACAAAUGACUUGCUGUAAUAAGCAGUUUCACAAGUGAAGGUGCAGGGGAUCGGGAGAUAAAUUAACAUAUUAUUGCAGUGGUGACCACACUGCAGGCAUUUAACUUUAAUCUUUCUGUUUAUCAAUCAGUCAACAUCCCAAUCUCCACCAAGGCUUAAUGACUGAAGUGAAAAGUGAUCGAAGGGGAAAGUGAUUACUAGAAGCAAGAAUGGGCACAGUUUUUGAGAGAAGUCAGUCUAAAUAGGAUGAGUUAAAAAAAGGUGAACUUUGCAGAAGAGCAACAACUAUUGUAGAUCAGGAAGGGCCAGUUGAAGUGGGUUAUGCAGUAAUAAGAAACCCCCAUUGGUACUGGGCACAGCUAACUGUGAGGUGACUCAUUGGCAGACCAAGUUUACAUUUCUCAUUUGGUCUAUAAGAACCUGGCAAUUCCAACAAAGACCUGGAGGCUGUUGCCAGUCUGAUCAAUGUUAGAUAUAGUCUGUUCAGGCAUUGACUUUCAUCAGAACUAGCAGAUGUAGAAGUAGAUAGAAUGAGUGAGUGUUCUAAUACUUGUGUCAAAUCUGCUUAUACUUGGUCUCUGGCCAUACUCUCAUUAACAAAGUGAAAAAUACUGUAUGUUUGUAAUAACAGCCAGCAUAUUCAUCCAUUUAUCCUUUUCAGUUUUACAUAUCACAUCUCAAUGUUGUCAUUGUUUAUUAAAGAUUAAAAACAAGUCACUUAUUAGCUCUUAGUCUUCAAACAGAAUGAUUCACCCUGGCAAAAGGCUUUUAACUUUCUGUGAAAUUUCAAAGGCUUGCACAAAGGCUUGAUGGUCCACAUGUCUGUCUUCAUAAGUGGUAUCUAAAGGCUGUAAGCAUUUUCCAAACUUAUGCCAAAGAAGUACAAUAACAUGAAAAAUAUAUUAAAUUGGCAAAGAGAAUCUAAUUAAUGACUCAGUAUCAAUUUUAAGUGGCAUCUCCUUCACAAAGAGAUAUAAGCAAGUAAUGUACCAGAGGUAUUAUAUAAAACUGGAGAGUAUAUUCGUGUGUAUAAUAAAUUAAUAAAACAGUGAAUGAUCAGCAGACCAACAGAGAAUAACUGAUCCCACACUUCUGGAGUCUGUUGAAUGCUAUUUGUGCUAAACUGUUAGAUGAUAAGAUCUUGAUGUCCAACAAUAAUACUUUGCAUUAUAAAUUAAUAUUGACAGUGAGGAAUGCUAAUUAUUUUGAAUGAAAUGUCUGUGUUUUUCAUAAUGAAAAAUCUUUAAUAUUUUAGAAGGAAUGACUUGUCUAGUUGUUGGUGGAAAACAGUAUGUGUUGCUACACAAGAAAAUAAUCAUUUUCGUUUUUUAUCACUUGUAAUAUGUACACAGAAAUCUUUGCUGCUUUAAAAAUUGAUUGUAUCAAAUACUGUGAAAUAAAGUAAUGUGUCUUAUAAUACUGGGUGUGUCAAAAUUAUGUUAACAUUUGAAUGAUGGAAACAAUUUAUUCACAAAACAUACUUCAUAUGUGCAAGAUGAUUUACAGGAAUGUCUGAACUUGAACUUGUUCGCCAUCAUGUUCAACACAUGUACCAUAUGUGGCACAUAAAUUGUCCACAAAAAUUGUGUAUAAGUAUAUACAUAGCAGUACCAUUACUGUAAUAUAAUUUUGACUCACCCUGUAAAUUUCCAAAUAUGCUACAACUGGAUAUUUUUUAAAGUGUUGUAUUUUUAUUAUUAUUGUAAGCAAUCUAACUAUUUUUGGAUACAUUUUGUGAUAAAGAUUUAUUAAACAUAUGUCAGAUAAAUAUCUUGAACUAAUAAAAAAUAAUAUAAACAAAUAAUUGUAAAAU